AUGCCAUUACAGUAUGCGCCGUCGUCGUCACGAGUCACGACCGUCUGCGAAAUUUACAAUCUGCGGUCAAAACGUUUUAAUCAAAAUAAAAACAUAUAAACAAAUCGUUAUCUUCAUCAACAUCAUCAUCAUCAUUAUUAUUACUGUUGUAUUUUUAAUGAUUUAUUGUAUGCAUAUUGUGUAAAAUAUAUUAUAGCGAAGAAGAAAUAGACACGGAUACAAGGGAAUUAGGCGUUCAAUCCCCAACCCCGAAAUUCGAUAAAUCCAAUAUAAUAUACCAGUUCUAUAACUCAAUAUGUUUAAUUUUGUUUACUUAUAGGACCUCUUCCUACAUUUGUUUCUGUGAAUCUAUCUGCGCUGAAGUUAUAUUUAUCCGUAAUUUCAGAGGCGUUCACUGUGGCCACGAAGAGGAUGAUGCUGAGCAUUGAACAUAGGCACGUUUAUAGGUGCUAUUCGUUGGUGGUGAUUAAUAUGAGACUAGGAGGAAGGUUGAUCCCGGAGAUGGAUCGUCGAAGCCAUGUUGGAAUCCACAAGAUCAAACGGAAGGCGGUCAAUCAGUUAGUCUGCAGUAAGUUUCUUAGUCCAAAAGACGAAGACCACUAUGGGCAGACGUUGAGGCAAUCUAGACAAGAUCAACUAAUUAAAAUUGCUGACCCAGCAAUGCUUUGA